AUGGAAAACUCUGGACAGUACCGUGAAGACGAGGAAGACGAUGGAGAUGAAGACGACGAGGAGGACUACUUGACCUGGGAAGCGAAGAGAGAUGCAGCUGUAGCUGCUGCCGGCAACGGCCAUCUGGUCAUUGUUGAAUGCAUAAUACCGGAAAAUGUAGCUCAUGAAUACGAUUCGGAUGACGAAGACACAGACCACCUACACUCAUCUACAAGGCCACUGGAUCACGCAAAGGACGAACAGUAUUGGCAUCGGUACGACCCCAGUGGGAAUCAAUUCUGCGCUUUGGCGCGUGCAAGUGCUGGAGGACACAGCGAUGUUGUCAAUUUCUUGCUCAGCGACAGGGAAAAUUGCUGGAACAUCGCUCGAGCAUUCGAGAAAGCAGCAGUAGCUGGUAAUGACGUCGUGGCCAGUACACUUUAUCAUGCCUAUUCACGCCGGGAGAAAGAAGACUUGUUCGUCCGAAUGGUAACGGCUGGAAGUGCCAACGCGGUGAAGUAUCUUCACAAGAACCAUUUCGUCGAUUCAUCGUCGUUUGAAGCUGGGUUUUACGCUGCAAUCGCCCAUGAAUGGACCGAUAUAAUCGAGUUUUUACUGUCUACGGAGGAGGUUUCUACGGACCUUUUUGACAAGGCCUUUGCGUUGGUCUCACGCAUCGGCAAACUAAAGUCUGCAGCAUUGCUGCAUGGGAAGAAACGUGCGUCGCCGCAAGCGACCAUCGACGCCUUCGAAACUGGAGGCAGUCUCGCCGUGGUCAAGUUCUUGUAUUCAAAUGAACACGUCCCGGUUAGUUCUAUCAUCGCAGCGUUCACAAACGCAUCACGGUACGGGACUACGCCAGAAACGAUCAAAUCGUUCUCAAGCGAGCUCAGCGAAGAGAGCACCAAGAUUGUGUGCUUCUUGUACACACUGAACGGCAUUCCAUCGGGCGUAAUUAGCGAGGCCUUUAAUCGGGUAGCUACCAAGAUCCCCCUCGACGUUGCUGGGUCCAUGUGCACAGAACACAGUAUCAGUUCUGCAGCGAUAGGGGCGGCUUUUGUGAGUGCUGUUGCAGAUAGACAAGGAUUGGGGUUCCUAAAGUUUCUUGCUGGCCAGGGUUCGAUCGAGCAGAAGUUUCUGGGCGAAGCUUUUCCUUUGGCAGCUCGAUUUGGCCGAAAGCGGACUCUGCUGGUUAUGUACGGAGCCUUCGAUUGGUCUCAAAGCAUAUUGACUGAAGCACUACGAGAAACACGAAACAGGAGAAUCAAGAAGGUAUUGCGAAUGGAGCUCAAGCGCCAGUCGAACUCUUCAAACGCGGCCUAG